GCGCGGGGGCCACUGUUCUACACCUGCGCGGCGAUGGCGGCGGGCCGCGGUGUGGCCGCCGAGGAGUGCGUGGGGCAGGUAGUGCUGCCCGGGGACGUGCUGCUCCUCCCUGCGCACCCCGACGAGGACGGGGGGCGGCUGCGGCUGGGCGGCGGCGCGGCCCCGCCGGCUCGGCUGCUCUGCGGGCCGGGCCUGCGGCGGUGCGACGCCGGGCUACUGGUGACCAAGUGCGGCCUGCUGCGGCACCGACCGGCGGGCGGCGGCGCCUACUGGGUGGACUCGCAGCAGAAGCGGGUAGGGGCGCGGUGGGACCCGCUGUGUGCGGAGGGGGGGGACAGGGAGGAGGCCCCGUCUUGUCCGUGCUUGCCUUACCCGUUUGUCCACCAACCGCGUUUGCAGUAUGUUCCGAUCAAAGGCGACCACGUAAUAGGAAUAGUGACUGCCAAAGCGGGGGACGUGUUUAAGCUGGACGUCGGUGGGAGCGAGCAGGCGUCUCUGUCCUACUUGGCCUUUGAAGGCGCCACGAAGAGGAACAGGCCGAACGUGCAGGUGGGAGAUCUUAUUUAUGGUCAGUUCGUUGUAGCAAAUAAAGACAUGGAACCAGAGAUGGUCUGUAUAGACAGCAGUGGAAGAUCAAGUGGAAUGGGAAUAAUUGGACAAGAUGGCUUCCUGUUUAAAGUUUCCUUAGGUCUAAUAAGAAAACUCUUGGCUCCCAAAUCUGAAAUAAUUCAAGAGUUGUCACAAUUGUACCCAUUUGAGCUGGUGCUGGGAAUGAAUGGAAGAAUAUGGGUAAAAGCAAGAACAGUUCAACAGACUUUAAUUAUAAUAAAUAUUUUGGAAGCCUGUGAGUAUAUGACUGCAGAACAGAGAAAACAAGCGCUUGCCAAAUUGUCAGGGAAUUGAUAAAAGAAAGCCUUCAGGAUUUGAGAUGACCGUAGGGUGUAUUGGUUAUUUUUAUAUUCAGAUUUAUAUUAAAAGCCAUUUUUUAAAUGAAGUACUAGACUUUGUUGUUGUUCUUCAGUUCCCUUCUUUAUCCACUCAGCUUGUUUGUGCCUUGUUUAGGAACUUUGAUUUUAGUCACUUCUGUGAUUAUGAAGCCCUGCUUAUGUUUAUGAAUUUCUUGACAGAUGGGGAGACAGUCUUUAAAGGGUCCAGUAGCUGUGAGUUUAGAGGUGUAAUCACUUAGAUCUUCUGUAAGAAAAAUGGUCAGUUGGUAACAUGCAUAUAUUUGCUUUUUUAGUCAUUAUUAACACUUCAAACAAUACAUGCUGACUUGAGAUAGUAGAAAGUAUCCUGCAGGUCAUUCAUUCUGGUCAGGUACUCUGUUUAUACAGUGCAAUAAGUGAUUAUUUAAUAUUUCACAAAAUGUGGGAUUAGAAACACAGAGAAUAACAGAAAAUAAUUACAGGGUGUAGCAUAAAAUAAUCAUAGGGUGGAUAAGGGAAAUGAUCAGGUAAGACUCAACAUAUGGUCACAGUGACCUUACCACUUUCCCUAAAAAUAACCUGGUUAGUAGUAUUGAGGAAAUAAUGAUUGGGACUUACCUUCAUAGGACAUAACUUCAGGAUGAAAAUUCAGGAUGCUUGAUGGCUCACUGAAGGUGAGAAAUAUACUUAACAGCUGCUAUUUGAAAUCACUUGCAUUUUUUUUCAUAAGAGGUUUUUAACUAGAGGUUAGGUAAAGGCCGCUGCAGCAAUAGCCACGUAUUUCUCAAUUUUAGAUACUUCAGAUGUAUUUUCUUCUAGAUACAGCAUGAAGAUUCCGUAUAGCUUUGCUUCAUGUUUAACAAAAUCAGCAUUAAAAAAAAAAAAAGUGCUAUAUUGGACUUCAUUGUGUAGUAUUUCCUCACAUGCAUGUAGUGGAACUGCUGUCCUAGGGAAGAUAAGCUGCCGGUCUGGUUUAGUAUGUGAGUAGUUUGCUACUGUUCUUUUGAGAGAAAGAGAACCAUGGAGUAAUGGAAGGGGAAUUAUUGAUGCCUGCUUCAUGUGGGAGAAAAGUUUGACUGUGUACCCAAUGAACUGCAUUGGAGCUGUUUAAGCAUUUUUUUAGAUCUAUGAUGUUUUGUAGUUCUUAACAAGCUGAAUAGUUUGAUAGCAAUAGUUACGAGAAAUAAGGGAAAAAGGGCUAGUUAGAAUAAGCCUGAAUACCAUAUUAAUUCCAGGUGGAAACAGUAUCAUUCCUAUUUAUUCUGCAUUUCAUCCGAAGUUCAGCCUGUGGUAUUUGAUGCUAUGGUUUUCUUUGGCAUCUCUCUCAUUUAGAAAUUACUUCAAUUGAGAGCCACUCCUCUGAGUCAUCUUUAAUAACACUUACCUAGGGCUUCCCCUGACAAAAA